CUGCCCCGGUCCACCAGGCACCACGGGACACGCCGUGCCCUUCAGGGCCUUGAAGCUGUGCGCUCUAGGCGAGGGCUCCACAGGCCAGAACUUGCUAAGGUUGUGACCCGGACCGAGGUGCAAUCUCAGCGCGAACCUGCACCUCCCCCGCGCCCGGAGCGCCUUCCCUGGCUGCAGCCACCGAAUCCGGCGCAAAGUUAUUUAACGCUGCAAUUAGCCAGGAGGGUGAGUCAUCGGCUCCCCAGCCUCGCUGCCACCGCAGCAGAAACGUACUGGAAGGGACCAGGAGUGCAGGCCCAGCUGCUGGGCCGAGGCCCUUCCGGAGACGCCCCCACUCCCCCAACCAAGGGGCUGAGGCGAGCUCCUCUCAGGAAGAGGCUGGAGGGCCCAGAGAAGCCGGAGAGGUGACCUUCUCCCACCCCACCCACCAGCCACCCCGGCCUUCCUCUCACCCACCUUGAAUCGUCAGGGUAGGAAUGAGGCGGAGGAAUUUGCCGCCCUCGUCCCCCUCACUCAGGCCGUGAACCGCCUUCUGAUGAAUUAAUUCACGUGCACCCGCGUCUGGGGAAAAUUCCUGUCUGAUCCAGAAGCGCUUUGUAGACUAAAACCAAGCGAGACUCAUCCACCGUUUUGCCUAAGACGUCACCUCCAGCUUGGUUCAAAUGGCUAGUCCUAAAAGUCAGCGCCCCUGCUCAUCCCGAACCGCGCGCACACGCACACGGCCCACCCGCACACACGCGCGCGCACAUGCACAUACCACACACGAAACACACUACACACCGCACGCGGGCACACGUCAGCACUUCCCAGAGACCCUGACCGUCCCCAUCCCUUGGACAACCCCCUCCCUGGCUCACUCCUCCCUCUCCCUCCCCCGGCUCCUUCCUCCUCCCCAGCACCCGGCUCCCUCCCCCAUGCCCUGAACUCUUCCCCGCUCGCGCCCCCCACCCCCCCCCCCGCCAAACACCCGGUCCCCUCCCUCUCCCUCCCCGGUCUCCUUCUCCCCCAAGCACCCACAAGCACCCAGGCCCUCCUUCCCCUUCCUCCCUGGGCUCCUUCCGCCCCCAGCACCCGGGCUUUUCUGCCCCUCCCUCCCCUGGGUUCCUUCCCCUCCAGCACUUGUCCCCCUCCACCCCGCUCCUUCCCCCCAGCACCCGCCCCCUCCCCUCCCUCCCCGGGCUCUGUCCCCCCACCCCAGCACCCGAGCUCUCCUCCUUUCCUCCCUCCUCUCCCAGGCUCCCCCUUUCCCCGUCUUUACCCAGGCUCUCCCGCAUACCCACUCCCCCAUAGCACAAGAGCUCCUCUCUCCCUGCUCCCUGCACCCCCAUAACUUCCACAGGCCGCUGACAGGCGGGUGGGUGGGAAGUGCGGCCAAGACCCAGCGGAUAGGGGAGGCAGGGGAGCGCAGACGCAGGGGCGCCGAGCGGUGGGGAGCGCUGGGGGUGGGGCCCAGGGGGUCCGAGCGGGGAGGAAGAGAGAGAGAGAGAGAGAGAGAGAGAGAGAGAGAGAGAGAGAGAGAGAGAAAGAGAAAGCUGGGGGUGGAGGGCGGCGUUCCCGCAGCGGCCCGCGCCGGAGAGGGGCGCGGACAGGGAAGGAGGGAGGAGAGACGCGGCCUGGGGCCCCGGUCCCGGAGGAGGUGGCGGAGGGGCGUCCCGGGGGCGGCGGGGGCUGCCGGGCGCGGGGAAGGGCGGCGCCAGGGCUAGGCGCGCGGGGCGGCGGGCGGGGUGGGGGGCGGGGGGGGGAGCGUCCUGGGAGGGGCGCCGCGGGCUGGGGAGGGGGCGCGCGCGCCCUGCGGUCCUCGGCGCCGCAUCCGUUCCCGGCGCGGGGUCGCGGCGGCGGCGGCGGCGGCGGCGGGAGGCGGAGGAUGCGGGCUCCGGCGGCGGCGGCGCGGGCCCCGGAGGACGCGGGAGGAUGAGGAGGAGGCCGGCGGUCCGGCCGCGCGGCGCCGGGAGGAGGCGCAGGCGGCGGGGGCGGCGGCGGGCGGCGGCGGGCGCGCGGGGUGCGGGCCGGCUCGGGCGCGGAGGAUGAAGUGGAGCGUCCGCGGGGCCUGCGCCGCGCUCUCCUCCUGCCUCCUGCUCGCCUGCGCGCUCAGCGCCGCCGCCGUCGGCCUCAAGUGCUUCUCGCUGGGCUCGGAGCUGCGCGGGGAGCCGUUCCGCCUGGGGGCCGCCGCCGGCGCCUUCUACUCAGGGCUGCUGCUGGCCGCCGGCCUCUCGCUGCUCGGCGCCGCCCUGCUCUGCUGCGGGCCCCGGGACGCGCCCCUCGCGGGGCCGGAGCCGGGCCCGGGUCUGGGGGUCCCCGCGGCCUCCGCGGGAGCUGCCGAGGCCGCUCCGGGCGAGCCGGGGGCCGCGGCCGGGGCCCCGGGCCCCGUGAGCAGCCAGAACCUGCUCCUGCUCGGCGUCCUGGUCUUCAUGCUCGGGGUCCUCAGCGCCUUCGCGGGCGCAGUGAUCGACGGCGACACGGUGUCGCUGGUGGAGCGCAAGUACUCGCACUACUGCCUGCCCCCGCGGGCGUCCGGCUCGGCCCCACCCGGCGCGGCCCCGGGUUCGGCCCCCGGCGCGGCCCCCGGCGCCCCGCGCUCCCGCAGCACCCUGGACAGCGCCACGUCCGCCAAGUGCCGGCAGCUCAAGGACUACCAGCGCGGCCUGGUGCUCUCCACCGUCUUCAACUCGCUCGAGUGCCUGCUGGGCCUGCUCAGCCUCCUGCUGGUCAAGAACUACCGGUCGUCUCAGGCCCGGCGCGGUCGGCGCGGACGGCGGAGGGGAGGCCGGGCCCUGGCGCGGCCCCGCGGUGGCUCCGGGCUCCGCGCGCAGCCGUCCGCCUCUCGGGCGCGCCGGGGCCGGCGGGGCCGGCGGGGGCGGCGGCUGCAGCCCCGGCCGAGCGAGGCCUCCAUCCUGUCCCCGGAGGACUCGGACCUGGCCGCCCCCGGGGACUGCGCGGGCUUCGCGGCGCACCACGCGGUCUCCUACAUCAACGUGGGCGUCCUCCACGCGCUGGACGAGGCGGGCGCGGAGGUGCGCUGCGGGGGGCACCCGUCGGUGGAGCUGCCGGGGUACGCGCCCUCGGACCCCGACCUCAACGCCUCCUACCCCUACUGCUGCCGGCCGCCCUGCGAGACGCCGCGGCCCUGGGAGACCAGCCGGGCGGCCUGCUGAGCCCGCGGGACGGACCCCCACCCUGCGCCCCGCUCAGGACCCCCGCGGCGAGGGAGGACGGGCGGCGGGGACGGAGGCCUGGGCCAGGCCUCAGGGGCGCCGCCUCUUCCACGUGGCCCCUCUGCGGGGCUCCGUGACCACAGGAGGGGGUCCCCGGUGUGACCAUUUCUGUAUCGGGAAGGUUUCUCUUCUUAUCUGUGUCGUUCAUAUCUGGAUUCCAUUUCCAAGUUUACAAUAAAUGUUUGGGCUUGACUGGCCCAACCGCACUUUUCUUGGCAAGUCCAAACCCUGGGGGCGGCUCUGCCUGGUGGUCCGAGGCGAGGGGGACGGAGCGAGCGCCCGCCCCGGGACGGCGACUUCCCGCGGAGGAAGAGCGCGCCGCCGACAGGACAGAGACGCAAAGCAGCUGGUAAUUCAGGAAAGAAGAAGUGAAAACACCCAACAGCAACACUUUGUACACGGAUGUGCCUGCUUUUGUUGAUACUUUCUUACUGUAAAGCUCUCCAUAAACAGUGAAAAUGUUUGGUAAAUUUAUUGCAAUUUAAAAUUGGUGAGUUCCUUUAUUAAAUUAAUUGCUAUGUUAUUGGAGAUUAUGCAUCGAAUUGGAAUUAGAGGAUGUGUACACACAGGUCAGCGUGGGGGAAACGGUUGCCUUUGGCGGACAAAUGUUGAGUUUGAACAGUUGUAUUCUGCUAGCUAGUUGACUGGAUCCAACCUCUUUCUGAAGCUAACUUCCUGUGUGUGCAGAGACACUGAUACCACGUCCCAUACAGUUUUCUUUUUGGAAACUGGUUGUGUGGUUUCGACUGCAAAGCAGAGCUUAUUUUUGGUUAAUACAUAUGAACAAUCUAAUCCUAUUUUGGAAAAUCAGUCAUAGUUUUUCUGGCCUAGAUAAAUUUCCUGUUAACUCAUUAAUCUGGUAAUUUUGAGUAUGAUAGCAUUUCAUUUAAAAUAUACCCCAUAAUAGCCUUAACUGA